GGGUGUUGUAAAACCCUACUAACAUGGUUGUAAUGCAAAGCGAGUUUCCCAUCACAGACGCUCAUUUCGAAGAACUGGAAGGAGACAGCUAGUUGUUUAUUUCUGCUGUGAAUCACCGGACUCUAAUCCAAGAAAACUUGUUUUAAAUAAUUCAAAAUAAAAGGAUCCCAAAUGGACACUGUCAUACGUCGAUGCCCUUUUCUGACGAUCGUGCCCCGGGCCUUCCUGCAGCUGGUAGCAAAGUCGUCUCUAGUGGGCUAUGCUCAGAGGUGUCCUGUGAUGAUGGACCUGGCCUCAAGACCUCUGGCCAGAGCCCUGUCCUCCUCUGCCUCUGUGUCCAAUGACACAUCCAAUGACGAGUUGAAUCGUGCGUCCAAGCCGCCCCCCGGCCACCCAAUGCCCCCUGCUGGCCAGGCUGUGGGCUCCAAGUGCCCGUUUCUGGCUGCUGAGAUGGGGAAGAACAACAAUAGAGUGGUGAGGGAGGCCCACAUAGAGCUGCAGGAGGAUGUGCAGGAGAUGAACACCGUCCGCGCAAACAAAUCUGAGUCGGUGGUUGAUCCAUCCGUAAUGAAUCUCAUCAAAGCAGACAAGUCUGACCCAGGGGUUCUGAAGAACAUUCUAAAGCAGCAGCCACGCAAGGUCUCUCACUUGCUGAAGGACAACUUGCCCAAAGCUACUGCCACCUUUAAGUACGAUCAAUUCUUUGAGAAAAAGAUCGAAGGGAAGAAGAAAGACCACAGCUACCGGGUGUUUAAGACUGUGAAUCGACGUGCCACAACCUUCCCCAUGGCAGAUGACUACUCCGAGUCUCUCCACCUGAAGAGAAAUGUGUCUGUGUGGUGCAGCAACGACUACCUGGGCAUGAGCCGCCAUCCCCGCAUCACCCAGUCCAUCAUGGACACGUUACAGAAGCAUGGGGCAGGAGCAGGAGGCACGCGCAACAUCUCUGGAACCAGUAAGUUCCACGUGGACCUUGAGUUUGAGCUGGCCGACCUGCACAGAAAAGACGCUGCACUCCUCUUCACUUCCUGUUUCGUAGCCAAUGACUCAACAUUAUUCACUCUGGCCAAAAUGCUACCAGGUUGUGAGAUCUACUCGGAUGCAGGAAACCAUGCCUCCAUGAUUCAGGGUAUAAGGAACAGCGGAGCCAAAAAGUUUAUCUUCCGUCACAACGACGUCAAUCAUUUACGAGAGCUGCUGCAGAAGUCUGACCUUUCCACCCCCAAGAUCGUGGCUUUUGAGACGGUACAUUCAAUGGAUGGUGCUGUGUGUCCUCUGGAGGAGAUGUGCGACGUGUCCCACGAGUUUGGGGCCAUCACAUUUGUGGACGAGGUGCAUGCUGUGGGCCUCUACGGAGCCCGGGGGGGAGGCAUCGGAGACCGAGACGGUGUCAUGCACAAGAUGGACAUCAUCUCAGGCACUCUCGGGAAGGCGUUUGGUUGUGUGGGCGGCUACAUCGCCAGCACCAGGGCCCUGGUGGACACGGUGCGCUCCUACGCAGCAGGCUUCAUCUUCACCACCUCCCUGCCGCCCAUGCUGCUGGCCGGCGCCAGGGAGUCCAUCCAGACCUUGAAGAGUGAAGAGGGACGCGUGCUCCGGAGGAAGCACCAGAGGAACGUCAAGCUGAUGCGCCAAAUGCUGAUGGACUCGGGGCUGCCCGUGGUCCACUGCCCCAGCCACAUCAUCCCUGUGAGGGUGGCGGACGCAGCCAAGAACACGGAGCUGUGCGACAUCAUGAUGGCACGCUACAGCAUCUACGUCCAGGCCAUAAACUAUCCCACGGUGGCCAAGGGGGAGGAGCUUCUUCGCAUCGCCCCCACACCACACCACACCCCCCAAAUGAUGCACUACUUUGUCAAGUGCCUUGUGCAGGCUUGGAAGGAGGUGGGACUGGGCCUGAGGUCUCACUCAUCAGGGGAGUGUAACUUCUGCCGGCAGCCUCUUCACUUUGAGCUGAUGAGCGAAAGGGAGAAGUCCUUCUUCACAGGCCUCAGUCACAUGAUCUCUGCCAGAGUCUAAGAUUAAAUACCAGACCACAAACAACGCCCUACCCGAAAGAAACACAUAUUCAUUAAAUUUAUUGACAAUGUUAUCUAUAACUUCACGUUUUCAUAAAAAUGAAAUAUUCUGUAUCACCAAUAAAAUUAUGGGGAAAGUAA